AUAAUAAAUAAAAUCAAAGGAAAUUACAAUGAGGUUUGUGUCAAUUAUGACCUUUAACUUAUUGGCAAAAAAAUUAAGAUAAAAAAUCUCCCUUGAAAAAAUAUAAAACGUUUCCCACUCAUUAAUUAUUGUUUGGGGAUUAUAAAAUUGAAUACACAUCCUUAACUUAAAAUUGUUGUCUCUACUAAUUUUAAAUAAAAACAAAAGAAGAAACAAUAGAGAUAUAAAAUAAUGUUUAAUUCAAACUCUGUUAAAACAAUCUAAUGAUUUUUAACAGAUGUUACUUCCCUUUUUUGUAGAGUUUCUGAUUUCAUACAUCAUACUGAGUGACUAUUUCUCAUUAAUAUUGUGAUUACUAUUAUUAUUGUGUUUUUUCUAUGUAAAUUUAUCCAAUGUAUCUUGAUAUUAUACCACUCGCCGAAACCUGUUUAUAAUUUAAUAUAAUGAUAAUUAUUUCCUAGUAGUUGCACACACUAUUAUUAAUUAACAGUACUAGUAAUUACUAAUUGUUCUGAGAUUCACAAUAUUCUGAAUAAAAUACUUAUUUGUAACGUUCAAUUUUUCGCUUUAUUGAAUAUGCUGGUCGAACAUAUUUGUUUUGUAAAUAAUAUAUUAAAUUAGCUUAACGACACACAAAUUCGUUUUUGCCGAUUUAACCGUCAGCAUUUUUACAAAUUAACUGACGCAUUUUUAAUUAGAAACAAUGAAACCGUGUUAAGUCGUCUACGAUGCGUUGGGAAUUGAUUUUCCUAACGCUGUUUGUGCCAUUUUUCUUCGCACCCUGGUCAAUAUGUCAAUUCGUAGAGGAGGAUUUGGAUAAAUUGUGGCAGCAAUUCAAGUUUACAGAAAAUAACCAGUACAUGUAUAAACCAAUUAAAAUCGAUAACGAAUUAGACCGUUAUUGGGAAGAGUUUAAGGAAAAAUUUAACAAGACCUACUCCGGAUUCCACGACACGAGCAAACGGGCCGCCUGGGAGGACAACGUGAGGAAAAUCAGGAAACACAAUGAGGAAGCUGCACAGGGACACCAUUCGUAUUUCAUCAAAGAAAACCAUCUGUCCGACUUGUCACCCAAAAUCUACCUGCAAAAAAUGGUCAAACUGACCAAAAGCAUUCACAGGAAGACGCCCCACGAAAACCUGAUCGGCGACAUCUACCACCACAUGCACGACUUGCCGGAGGAAAUCAACUGGGUUGAAAAAGGUUUUCGCACCCCGGUUUACAAUCAGAAGGACUGCGGUUCCUGCUACGCGUUCAGCGUUGCUCUAACCAUCCAAGGACAAGUGUUCAAACAAACAAAGCAACUGGUUCCUUUGAGCGAACAACAAAUAAUAGAUUGCAGUGUGAAGAGCGGAAACUACGGUUGUGGUGGAGGUUCCCUGAGGAACACUCUAAAAUACUUGGAUAACAGUGGAGGGCUGAUGGCUUACAGCGACUACCCUUACAAGGCAAAGCAACAAACUUGUAAAUUCGACAAAUCCAGGACGAUAGCGAACGUGAGCUCCUGGGCCAUAUUACCUGCAAGAGAUGAGAAGGCGCUGGAGAUUGCCAUAGCUAAAAUCGGACCAAUAGCAGCUUCCAUCAACGCCAGUCCCAGAACGUUCCAGCUUUACCACAAGGGAAUUUACGAUGAUCCACUGUGCUCUUCCAACGUAGUAAAUCAUGCUAUGUUGAUUGUCGGCUACACGAAAGACGCUUGGAUUUUGAAAAACUGGUGGGGCAAUCACUGGGGCGAAGACGGAUAUAUGAGGCUCAAAAGGCACAAAAAUAGAUGUGGCGUUGCUAAUUAUGCGGCGUAUGCGAUUGUAUAAAUGCUUCUUUUUUGUAUAAAAUGACUUAAUAAAAUGUUUUAUUAUCUAGGAAA